CGCAAAGAGACCUGCACACCCUCGUCUCACCCAGUGAGCAGGACAAGCGCCAACAUUGAUUCCUGCGAGAAGGACAAAAGUACUUGAACUGCAGGGAUAUGUUGUUAAGCCAAGAGCUCUUGGAGGUUUUCCAGCAAAAGCCAGUCCCGUAAAUAGCAGCAAAGGUAGCCACAACUGCCUCAGCCCUCACAGUGGUUGGAGUGGAAGACAUUUUCACUUGCACAUAGCAUGGCAGUGUGCAAAUGGUGCAAAGUGGUGAAGCAGUAACCAGAUCAUUACUAAGUGUGACUUUCUACAGUUGAGUUUGUAUCUUACUUUUCUCUCUUGACUAUUAAGGCUGUCUAGAUAAUCAUCUCCAAUACAGUGGAAGCCUCAAUAUAAUUGAGAUGGAUUCAGCUCCAUGUAUUUUAACAUAGCUGAAGCAUCUUAGAAAUCUACGCAAAACCAAAAAUACUCAGAACUGGGGGUAGUGUCUUGUAAAGCAGUGAUUGCAAAAAAGGGUUUAGGGAAUGAGCUCUGAACACCUGCUUUAUACAAAGCAGCUGAAGGAGCUCUAGCUUAUUGAUCAGAAGAUGAAGAGAAAGGUUAAUUUAAAGCUAUAAAUUCCUGUCAAAUGAGACAAAGAUAGAAAAGAAAUCAAAUUUCUGAAACUGCAGCUAGACAAUGCCAAUCUAUAAGUAUGAUGCCCUUCUGUAUACAGCACUGCUGCUGGGUGAGUGGAUCAUUUUACACUGUCUUAACUUUUCAUAUCUUCCUGAACUAAAAUGCUGCUUGGUAGGAGCUCAGAGCCUCUGCUUGGGUCUAAGCACCAUGUCAGACUGGGUCUCCAAAGGUACUAACUGUCAGCGUCACAGCAAGCAGCUGGAUGGCUCCAACCAUGCGCUCUCUGCUGUGCCUGCAGUGUGGGACGUGGUGGAGGCAGCUCUGAGCGCUCUAAGGCUCCUGUGUCCUUGGAUCUAUGGUGAAAACAAGAGUUCUCCUGCCUUGCUAGCAAAGUGCUGUGGCCUCAGCUAGGCUGUCAUCGUGGGGCUUGAUUCCCAGUGGCCCGGCUUCAUUCUUGCCUGUAGUGUUUCACGUGAACUUCUUGCAUAAGGUCUCCUGAGAUUCUUUCUUAUUGUGGAUCUUCACUCCUUUGAGACUACUCAGAUCCCAAGACAUCAGGCUUUCCACUGAUUCCAAGUGACAUCCAAAAAUGCUGUUUCCUUCUUCAUGCUGUGCCUGGCUUUCUGGACCUACCACAUAUGCAUCAUUGCAGCAGACAGGUACUUUUUAGUACUAGUGUUCUUGAAACAGGACAUGUAGUGGAUUAUACCCCUAUGCUUUUCUCUAAGCUUUUCCCAUCCAUAGCUCACUACUGUUCAGAGGUGUAGCCAAGUCUCUAGAUAACCAAUGACACAGUUCUUUCUUUGGACUUCCAAUUUUUUAUUUAUUAUCAUGACAUUGUAGCACAGCCUUUCAAAAUUAUGCCAUGUUUUCCCAUGUUAGUAGGAAAUUUAUUAUCUUUGUUUUGCUCUGGCUCAAGAUGAGCAAUUUUUAAUUACAGCAUCUCUGAGUUUUCUGUAAUUCUUUCCUUUCAAAAAGCACAGAGCUGUUAAGUUCCUUCCUAAAAUUAUCUUUUCAUACUUUUAAAAAUCAGUCCCCAAAAAGCUAUGGUGCAGAGGUCUAAAUUCUUAUGGAAGUAGCAUGUUAAUUAGUUUCAAUAAGUAAAAGAAAUGUGACAGCAAAUGGCUUAAUAUACGGAGUUUACUCAACUCAAUCCUGUAAGUAAUUUUUGGAAAUUAGUUCACCUGGGAAAGGACAAUUAAAUUCCUGGUAGAUCACUAGAAUAAAGAUUUCCAUUUGCAGCUCAAACUGCAAGUUUGCAGCAGUGAACAGAUUCCGACUCGUGGCAUCAUGUAUCCAACGGAGCCUCCUUGGAGCCAUGUUGGGGCGACCAACUAUAUACAGUAUAUUUUAGAGUGCACCCAGGGAUUUCUGGGUUCUGAGGGCAAGCCCAGCAUUUUCUGCUUGGCUCAGCCCCUGCCUUUAUUCUGCAGCAUCCUCUGACAGAUCAAGCAGGUGAUCUGAGCUUUCCCUGAGAAGGACCCUGCUGCCGCCUGCUGCAACACUGGGUAGGACGUCAGUUGGCUGGAGUUCAGUGGCAGUGCUGCAUCCAAAUGACAAACAUCUACAGGUGGCACAAAGUGUGUGCUUUGGGAGCACAUCAGGUGUUAGUGUGUGCCUGUGCCCAAGCAUUAAGGAAGAGUACAGACAGAAGCCCGUAUCCUGGAAGGUGCCCAUGCACUGUGGCUCCAGGGUCUACCUCAUUGUCAUGUGGAACAUGCAAAUACAUUGAGUUGGGUAGGGCCUUUUAUCCUCAGGGAUUAGAAACUUUUUCAACACUGAAACAUUCCUUUGGCUCCCCAGAGUGAUCCCUUUCUCUAGCCCACUCUGGAUGAGUCCAGAGUGACUCAGUGAAAUUGUCUUAGAAGGUGGCAGAGCUCAUGUAGACAACCUUAUGAUCUGGAGAACAGGAGGCAAUGCACUUCCAAGGAGCAGGGACCUGGGUAGUCCUCCUUCUUCAAAUCCGUACACACACUGUGUGAGGAGCUGCCUUCACAGAAGGACAAGUGGGCUGUAUGAACCAAGCUACUUGAGUGGUACAUGUAAACUUGGCCAGUGGCGACAAGUAAUAGGCCUUGAACAUCUCUUCCACUGUGUCCUAUAUCUGAUGUAAAGCCUGCACUGGAGUGAGGGUUUCCAUCUACAUAUUGAAGAUACCAGUUGAGUUUGAGCUUAGCCAGCUGGAAUAACACCACAUUAGUAUAGGGCCAUAAUAGGACACCCUAGUCUGUGGGUCUUAUUCAAGGCCAACAUUCCACUCUGGGGACCAUGGGGCUCAGUGGACUCUGUACAGUGACUGUUGCUGCCAUGGUUCCAAGCACCUAGAUGGAGAGCGCCUCAAGAGAGCCUCUUUUAAGAAAGAGAAUAGUUUACACAGCUUGCUUUGCUUGCUUUUGCUCUUUUUUUUCUGUCUAGGCCUGUCCAGCCCACUAAGUUGUAUUAAUCUCAGACAUAUAAAUAUUGUUUGAACAUAGAAUUGAUUGUGCUUUUAAUCUGAUUUACUUAGAGACAGGCCCAUGUAAUCGCAUUGUCUUACCUCCUGCUCUUUCGUGUCCAUCUCUUAAAUCGUUUGCAAAUCUCAGCCAAGUUUGAUAAAGCAAUAGAGCUCUUAAAGAUAUUAAAUUCUUACAAGUGUUGUGAAAACUGGAAGCUGGAUAGAUUAAAAGUGGGAGCUCAACAUUUAGCUGUUUUUGUGGCUUACUGGCAAGUUAAUCAAUACCCCUGUAGCGCAGAACCAGACAUGGCACACCACCUCUUGCCCAGCAGGAAAAUGGGUAAUAUGGGAAGGAUGAAAGGAUGGCAUGAUUGGGACGGCCAUGGGGAUAGCAUGGAGUGACUGCUGAGAACUGGUUUCAUCAGAAUUAACUCAGCAAAAAGCUGCUUUAUUUUGAUAGGGAAUAUCAAAACUAAAACUGACAUCAGAGGAAGGGCCAUUAGGUCAAAAUCAGGAGGGUGGGUUUUUGGGUUUACCUUAUUUGUGACAUCUGUGAAAUCACUGACUCUUCUAUCCUUCAGUUCUUCCAUCAAAACAACAUAAAGCAUUCAGAGCUCCUCAUGUAGAAAGGGCUGCAGAUUGUUAUUUAUUAAUGUAGUUUGGUGUUUCUAAUGCUAGUCAGGGUGGGAAAUGCUACAGCACGUGCAAAUCAAGCUAAAAAGUGUUGUAUCUUCCAUUGCCUUAGGAAAAAAAAACAACUGAGGGAGGAGGACUGGGCUUAGCAUCAGUGCAAGAUGAGAGAAGGGUCCCAUUAAUCCCUGUUCAAUCUAGCCCAGUGCCUCAUUUCCCAAAGGCUCAUUUAGAACAACAACAGUUCAAUUUUUUGCAGCUUAUGAAAGACAUGCUUGCUCCACACUCUCUUUUGUAUGACUGAAAGCAGCAGGAUAGCCUUGACACUGGCAUUCAGAGGAAGACCAGAGGAUGAAAAUCCCGCAUUUUCUCACUUUACUGCUUUGGCAUUUGACUUGGCUGUCUCUGGAUCUAGUUCCUGGAGCGCUGAGUAAUUCUGAGGCAGGCCAGAGUAAUCCAGGAUCUAAACUAGGUUUUUUAAAAGCAGAAGGAAAAGAGAGGAAUCCCUCAGCACGGGCAGGUACACUGAGGACUGCAAGCCAUGGAUAUAGUGCUGGGACCUCAAAGGCUAGGACUAAAAGCAGUGCUGUUCAGGCUGGAGCUCUGCUGGCCAAGAACGAUGAAUCAAAGAAGUUUCUCUCAAGAACAGCAGCCAUGGAGGGCAAGGUAGGACGUCUCCCCAGCAGACCUUCUGGAGUAAGGACAGUGACUCCAAAGGUUCAAAAUCUUAGCAGCAAGGUGGCUUUGAAAAAAACUGGCACAAGCAGUACUGACACUGAUUCUUUCAAAACCAAAAAGACUAAAGAGCCUGUAACCCAGAGGGAUACUAAGGAAACUUUCAGACAUCCCCCUAUAACGCCACAUGAAUACAUGCUGUCUUUGUACAGGACUCUCUCAGAUGCAGAAAGAAAAGGUGUUAAUGGAAGUGUAAAACUGGAGGCUGGACUUGCCAAUACAAUAACCAGCUUUAUAGACAAAGGACAAGACGAGCGAGCGCCAACUAUAAGAAAACAGAAGUAUAUUUUUGACAUCAGUGCAUUAGAAAAAGAUGGUUUGCUGGGAGCAGAGCUUCGAAUAUUGAGGAAAAAGCCUUCUGAUACGUGGAAGUCUCAUUCUUCUGGAAAAAAUUCCCAAGUGAAAUUAUUUAGUUGCUCUACAAACAGACAAGCAGCAACACUCCUGGACUCUCGUACUGUCAGUAUCACAGAUACACCAAAGUGGGAAGUGUUUGACAUCUGGAAACUUUUCAGGAACUUUAAAAACUUGGUUAACUUGUGUUUUGAACUGGAAACUUUUGACAGGGGGAGAGCUGUUGAUCUCAGGAGUGUGGGAUUUAAUAGAACAGGAAGACAGGUCAAUGAAAAGGCUCUCUUCUUGGUAUUUGGGAGGACGAAAAAAAGAGACUUAUUUUUCAAUGAAAUCAAAGCUAGAUCUGGACAAGAUGACAAAACUGUUUAUGAGUACUUAUUCAAUCAGAGGCGGAAGAGAAGAGCUCCUUUAGCAACACGGCAAGGGAAGAGGCCCACUAAGAAUCUGAAGGCAAGGUGUAGCAGAAAAGCCCUCCAUGUGAAUUUUAAGGAUAUGGGCUGGGAUGACUGGAUAAUAGCCCCUCUAGAGUAUGAAGCAUAUCACUGCGAAGGGCUUUGUGAAUUCCCCCUUCGAUCCCAUCUGGAGCCCACCAAUCACGCAGUUAUCCAAACAUUAAUGAACUCAAUGGACCCAGAAUCAACACCCCCAACUUGCUGUGUCCCAACCAGGCUGAGUCCUAUUAGCAUUCUUUUCAUUGACUCUGCAAACAAUGUGGUCUACAAGCAGUAUGAGGACAUGGUGGUGGAGUCGUGUGGUUGUAGGUAGCAGAACAGUUGCUCACAUGAAUAUGUUAUGAAAGAUAAUAUGAUACAUUGAACAUAACCUCUCCUCGAACAAGGUUAACUAGAUUUCUUACCUGUAGGGUAAGUAUGUUUACAAGGAUGUAGCAAUAAAUCUAGUGCUUCUAUAUGUUUCUCCACCAUGGGCACAUGUCAGUAGCAUUUGGAUGCUGUCAUGCAACCUGAUGUAAGGCCUUGUGCCGGCGACAUGAGACUGGCUCUAACUGAAGUCCAUGGCAGAGAAUAUUAUACCUCCACACCUCUAGAUUGCCUGCUUUUAGCCUCCAGGCAGUGGGUAAAGAUGGCAUCAGUGAGCUGUGGAUAUGACCUAUUUGAUCCUUUGAACAGUGUUCUUGAGACUGAAUUUGUGUCUGACUCCCAUGUGCUUUGUCCAUUAAGAAAUGUAAGAAAAGUGUCCUGAUGUCUAGAAGAGAAGGUUUUGUUCUGGUGUGCUCCCAUCUUGGUGUAAAUAGUUACACUGUAAUAUGAUUUCUUUCUGAUUAGCUCUUGAAACUAUUCAUAUAUAAAAAAGGAGUCAUUAAAUAUAAUAUGUUGAUUUAGUUUUAAGUUUUACAUGGAGAUAGGUGAUGCAGGAGGUAUUUGCUUCUGUGUAUGUUUUCCUCCAAGCUACAUAUCUUUCUUAAGUAUCCACCUUUCCAUUAUUAUGUAGCAAGAUAUAUUACUCUGUAUAAGGUCCAAGUUGUUCUCAAAUGCUCAUAGUAAAAGUGUUCAAUUAUGGCAUAAGAUGUAAUAAAUUAUUGACACAGUGCUA